AUGGCGGGACGGGCCGCGAUGCGAACCCCUGAACCGCCCGACCGCGACGAACGCGAAGAUUCGCCGCCGCGACUAGCGAGACCGAAACGCACCACUCGACCACCGAACAACUACGCUCGUGAGCAGGAAACUGAUACCGAACGGCGGAAGACGCGUUCCCAGCAAAAUGAGAGGAGUGAGCUAGGAGACCGGCGUGACGAGGCAACUUCGGACGACGCCGUGACCGAGCGCGAAGAGCUCGACGUCGGCGGUUUGGUGAGAGAGAUCACCAAACUCAGGCGAGAAAUCAGACUCCGUGACGAAAUACACAAAGAAGAACUUCAGAGAACCAGAGAACAGUUCGGUGCCGCCCUCGCGGAGGUCCGACACGAGCUACAGUCCCUGACGGAUAGAACCACGACACCGCAAUGCCACUCUGAGACGUGUUCUCAGAACAACCACGAUGCGAUCCUGCGCGAAAUCCAGUCCUUACGCGAGGAAAUCAGUGUCCCCGCUGCUGCAGGCUCUCCUUCCUACGCAGAUAUCGCGCGCACUCCGCCGUCCAGUUACCCAAGCCACAUACGGACCCUUUCAACGCUGAACACGACGCCCACCACCUUUACGGACACGCUGUAUUGCACGAUAGACACUUCGAAGAUGGUAGACAAAGGGACAGGAUUGACCUCCGCAGGCUCGGUCAGGGCAAUGGUUGAGGCAGAGAUGCGGUCAACAGAGGACCAGGCGCACUGGCGCUGUCGCGCUGUUACCGUUGACCCGAAAAACGCCAACCGGAUCAGGAUCGCCUGCCGCGAUGAGGAUGAACAGCAGCUGGUCAAAAAGGCUGCAGAACAGAAAAUCGGGGCGGGAGCCCGUGUCCUCCGUGACGAGCUCUACCCGAUCAAAGUCGACAGUGUCAACAAGGCCUCCGUGCUGGACGAGAACGGUGAGAUCCGAACAGAAGCUGCAGCAGCGUUUAGUGAGGAGAAUGAGACCAACGUAGCCAAGAUUUCAUGGCUGAGCAGAAAAGAGAGUGAGAAGGCCUACGGUUCAAUGGUGGUCUACCUGACCAAGCGCAUCGACGCGCGAAGGCUCUUGGCCGACGGAUUUUUCCACGCGGGGGGAGAAUCUGGUGUGACUAGUGUCUUCGAACACCGACCGCGACCGACACAAUGUUACAAGUGCCAAGAGAUAGGCCAUAAGGCAUUCCAGUGCAAGAACGCCCAGAAAUGCGCGAAAUGCGCUACAGAGGGCCAUCGCCACAGCGACUGCAUCCAAACGGUCCCAAAGAAGCAGGGUGCAGUGCACGAGAGUUUAUUAAACGACGAAGAUACUGAGAACGCAGUGGCGCUAGCGAUUCAGGAACCCCAAGCGAGGAGGAUUCAAGGCCGGCUCUUGACCACCCCAAUGGGGCAUCACAAGUGGACAAAGAUGGUGCCCUCCACCUGGAGGGAAGGGAGAUGGGCGAUCCGGAGCAUGCUCUGGGUCAACAAAGAAGUCGAAGCAGAGCAAGUCCCUAUGGAUUCUCCAGACAUCACAGCAGCGGUGAUUAGGCUCCCCGAGCGAGUGGUCUUCACGGCAUCAGUCUACGUAGAAGGGGGCAAUGUCUCCGCUUUGGACGAUGCGUGCAGUCGUUUACGCGGUGCGAUCACGAAGGUACGACGGGACACCGGUGAGGUGGUCGAUAUUUUGAUCAUGGGGGACUUCAACCGACACGAUCAACUUUGGGGUGGAGACGAAGUGUCGCUGGGAAGACAAGGGGAAGCGGAUCCGAUCAUCGACCUCAUGAAUGAGUUCACGCUCAGUAGCUUGCUCAAACGCGGCACCAAGACAUGGCAUGGCGGCGGACAAAGUGGAGACUGCGAGUCCACCAUCGAUCUAGUCCUAGCUUCAGAGGAUUUGACGGAAUCCAUGACGAAAUGUGCUUUACUCGAGACAGACCACGGCUCUGAUCACUGCGCCAUUGAGUCCGUGUUCGACACCCAGUGGUCGGGCCCAAAGCACCAAGAGCGACUUUUACUGAAGAAUGCACCAUGGAAGGAGAUUAACGCCAGGAUUCAGAAGGCUCUGGCCACCCUUCCGUCGGAGUGCACUGUACAGCAGAAAACGGAUCGACUGAUGGCGGCAGUUUCGGAAGCGGUGCACGCUUUAACACCGAGGGCGAAAGCAUCACCCCAUGCGAAGCGAUGGUGGACAACUGAUCUCACUCAACUCCGUCACAUAUACACGUACUGGAGAAACCGCGCUCGCUCCGAGCGACGGGUAGGUCGAAGAGUACCUCGGCUUGAAAUGAUGGCCCAGGAUGCGGCCAAACAAUACCACGAUGCCAUCCGCAAACAAAAGAAGAAGCACUGGAACGAUUUUCUCGCAGACAAUGACAACAUCUGGAAAGCCGCCAAGUACCUCAAGUCGGGGGACGACGCCGCGUUCGGGAAGAUUCCGCAGCUCAUCAGAGCAGAUGGAACUACUACCAACGAUCACAAGGAGCAAGCGGAGGAACUGCUAUCCAAGUUCUUCCCGCCUUUGCCAGAGAACAUCGACGAGGAAGGAGUGAGACCACAAAGAGCGCCUGUAGACAUGCCAGCUGUCACUAUGGAGGAGAUAGAGCGGCAGCUGUCAGCGGCCAAGUCGUGGAAGGCACCUGGUGAAGACGGCCUACCGACGAUCGUUUGGAAGAUGACGUGGCCCACAGUCAAGUACAGGGUCCUCGAUCUUUUUCAAGCCUCGCUGCAAGAGGGCACAGUGCCAAGACAGUGGAGACACGCGAAGAUCAUACCGCUCAAGAAGCCGAACAAAGACGAUUACACCAUUGCAAAGGCAUGGAGGCCUAUCUCACUCCUUGCGACACUCGGAAAGAUACUCGAAUCGGUGGUCGCAGAGAGGAUCUCGCACGCGGUGGAGACGCAUGGACUGCUCCCGACGAGCCAUUUUGGGGCCCGAAAGCAGCGGUCCGCAGAGCAAGCACUGGUGUUCCUGCAGGAGCAAAUCUAUGCGGCGUGGCGCGGCCGGCGAGUGCUGAGCUUGAUCAGCUUCGAUGUCAAAGGAGCCUACAACGGAGUAUGCAAAGAACGACUUUUUCAGAGGAUGAAAGCCCGAGGCAUACCACAGGUCCUGCUUCGUUGGGUUGAGGCCUUCUGCUCGGAACGAACGGCGAACAUCCUGAUCAACGGGCAAUUAUCUGAAACUGAAAGCUUGCCACAAGCCGGGUUGCCGCAGGGCUCGCCCCUGUCUCCGAUUCUAUUUCUUUUCUUCAACGCAGACCUCGUGCAAAGACAGAUCGACAGCCAGGGAGGAGCAGUCGCUUUCGUGGAUGAUUUUACCGCGUGGGUGACCGGUCCGACCGCGCAGAGUAACCGGGAAGGAAUUGAAGCCAUCAUCAACGAGGCGCUCAACUGGGAAAAGAGAAGUGGAGCGACCUUUGAAGCGGACAAGACGGCUAUCAUACACUUUGCUCCCAAGAUGCGCAAAUCGGACCAUGAGCCGUUCACCAUCAAGGGGCAGACGGUGGUACCAAAAGACCACGUCAAGAUCCUAGGUGUCGUGAUGGACACAAGACUCAAGUACAAGGAACAUAUUGCGAGGGCAGCGUCCAAGGGUCUUGAAGCAGCGAUGGAGCUUCGGCGACUCCGUGGUCUAUCCGCAGCGACUGCGCGGCAGCUCUUCACGUCAACGGUGGCACCGGUCGUAGACUACGCCUCCAAUGUCUGGAUGCACGCGUGCAAGGAUAAGGGCAUGGGACCAAUCCACCGAGUCCAGAGAGUAGGCGCGCAAGCCAUUGUGGGGACAUUUCUGACGGUCGCGACUAGUGUCGCAGAGGCGGAGGCUCACAUAGCUACUACGCGGCGUCGAUUCUGGAAACGAGCCGUGAAAAUGUGGACAGACAUCCACACCUUGCCGGGAACCAACCCUCUCCGCCGGUGUACAGAUCAGAUCAGAAAGUUCAGAAGAUACCACCGCUCACCACUGUAUCAGGUAGCCGAUGCGCUUAAGCACACCGACUUGGAGACUUUGGAGACGAUUAACCCCUUCACGCUAGCCCCGUGGGCGGAACGCGUGCAGACCGAUGGUGGUGAACAGCUUGAGGGCCCGGCCGAAGCGGGCGGGUGCAUGCAGGUCGCGGUUAGCAGUUCAGCACGGAACGAGCUGGUGGGUUUUGGAGUGGCCCUCGAGAAGCGACCACCUCGAAAUCGAAAGCUCAAACACAAAGCACUAUCCAUCACCUUGGCCGCAAGAGCAGAGCAGAAUCCAUUCUCUGCGGAACUGGCAGCCAUGGCACACGUAUUGAGCACGGUGCCAGGGCUGAAAGACUACAGGAUCACACUGCUCACAAGCAACAAAGCGGCGGUUCUCACACUCAGAAACCCUCGACAGCAAUCUGGCCAGGAAUUCGUCUGUCGGAUAUACAAGUUGAUUAAAAGGUUGCAGAGAAACCGAAACCAUGUUCAAUUCCGCUGGGUUUCUGCCAGUGAAGACAACAAGCUGCUAGGCCUGGCUAAAGUACAGGCUAGAGCCGCGACACAAGAAGACGCCCUCCUACAAGAAAGCGCCCCAAGGAUGAAAUCGACCACACUGAAUCUCGCACGCUCUCAAGCAGUCCCCAGAAAUACCCUGCCAGCGGACGUCGGAAAGCAUGCCAAACGAGUAGAUGCAGCACUCCCAGGAAAACACACGCGACUGCUGUAUGAUCGCUUGUCAUGGAAGGAAGCGACCGUGCUAGCCCAACUCCGGACGGGCAUGGCGAGACUGAAUGGAUACCUCUAUCGAAUCAACGCGGCCGCCACUGAUCAGUGUGCAUGCGGACAGGCCAAGGAAAAUGUGGAGCACUUCCUCUUUCGAUGUCGGAAGUGGACCGCACAUCGGACGGAGAUGCUACAAUGUACCGACACCCACCGAGGGAAUCUAUCCUUCUACCUGGGAGGGAAGUCGCCCUCCGACGAUCAAAAGUGGACGCCAAACUUAGAGGCAGUACGGGCCUCAAUACGAUUCGCCAUAGCCACAGGCCGCCUCGAGGCCACUUAA